GCCGCGAGGGGCAGGUGCCCGGGGAGGCGCCGCUGCCGGCAGCCGCGUUGCACUGCGGCGCAGUGGCCUCCGCGACCGGGAGUCCGGAAGUGCGGCCGGGGCAGCUCCUGCGUGCGCUGCGCGGACCCUCCCGGGCCACGCGCGCUCCGCUCCCCGGCGCGGUAUGGCCGCAGUGCUGGCCUUCAGGGUGGUCGCGGGCCUGGCGGUCGCGGCACUCACAGCCGUACUCCUGGAGCACUACGGCCUGGCGGGCCAGACCUCGCCGCUGCCCCAGCCCCACGUCCCCCGGAGGCCGCACCCUGCGCCGGGCCCGGGAGCCGCCAAUAUGUUUUGGGGUCUGCAGAUAUCCGACAUUCACCUGAGCAGGUUUCACGAUCCAGGCAGAGCUGUAGACUUAGAGAAGUUUUGUUCUGAAACUGUUGACAUCAUUCAACCAGCUCUCGUCCUAGCAACAGGUGAUCUGACAGAUGCCAAAACAAAGUACCUGUGGGGAUCCAGCCAGCAGGAGGUAGAAUGGCAAACUUACCACGGUAUUCUGAAGAAGACAAGGGUCAUGGAAAAAACCAAGUGGCUUGAUAUCAAAGGAAAUCAUGAUACAUUCAAUCUUCCAAGUCUGGAGAGUGUCGAGAAUUAUUACAGGAAAUAUUCUGCUGUACGCAGGGAUGGCCCUUUCCAUUAUGUCUACAGUACUCCCUUUGGCAACUAUUCUUUUAUCUCUUUGGAUGCCACCUUAUAUCUAGGGCCGAAGAGACCCUAUAAUUUCUUUGGAAUUUUAGAUGAGAAACGGAUGGAGGAACUUUCAUUACUGGCAAAGGAAAGUAGUCGGAGCAACCACAGUAUUUGGUUUGGACACUAUCCAACAUCCACUAUUCUUUCUCCAUCACCAGGAAUUCGGUCAAUGAUGAGUUCAGCUACAGCUUAUUUGUGUGGGCACCUCCAUACACUUGGUGGACUGAUGCCUGUUCUGCACACUCGUCACUUCCAGGGCACUUUGGAACUUGAAGUGGGAGACUGGAAGAAUAAUAGAAGGUACCGCAUCUUUGCUUUUGAUCAUGACCUCUUUAGCUUUGCAGAUUUGAUCUUUGGCGAGUGGCCUGUGGUUCUUAUCACCAAUCCUAAGUCACUCCUCUAUAGUUGUCCUAAACAUGAACCAUUGGAAAGACUCCUUCACUCAACACACAUCAGAAUUUUGGCCUUUUCGUUAUCCUCCAUUACUUCUGUCACAGUUAAGAUUGAUGGAGUUCAUUUAGGGCAAGCUAUUCAUUUGUCUGGUCCUAUUUUCACAUUGAAGUGGAACCCCAGAAACUACAGUAAUGGUACACAUAACAUAGAAGUAAUUGUCCAGGAUUCUGCUGGAAGAACUAAGAGUGUUCACCACAUAUUUUCUCUUCAAGAAGACAAUCAGCUCAGAUUCAACCCUCUGGCAUCAUUUGUUCUUCUUACUGACCACUGCAUGGUGGCCCGGAUCCUUUUUGUGAUGAUCGUGCUGAUCCAGCUCUCCAUUCUUAUUAUUUUUAGGCACCGAGGAUAUCUAGAGUUUAAAGGACCUCCAGGAUUUAUAAAUUUGACCUCAUUUUCCCUUCAUGUCUUGAGCAAAAUAAACAUCUUCUACUAUUCUGUGUUGUUGCUGACUCUGUAUACAGUGCUGGGACCAUGGUUCUUUGGUGAAAUUACUAAAGGCAAAAUGGGUUGCUGCUUCUCCUUUGGGAUCUUUGUUGAUGGACAUUUCCUACAAGGCAGUGUAACCUUUAUGGUUGGACUUCUCCAGCUGGCAUUCUUUAACAUCCCCUUGAUGGCUUACCUGUGUUGGAGUUUGCUGCAGCGGUGCUUUGGUCACAACUUCAGGUCUCAUCUCCAUCAAGGAAAAUACUUGAAAAUCAUACCUGUUCACGUUCUUAUGUUACUACUGUACAUCUGGCAAAUUUGUUCCUGCUACUUUCUUCAUAUGACAUAUGGCACUCUAGCUUUUUUUUUCUCCCCUUUGCGGACCUGGUUGACACUGCUGACACCUAUUCUCAUUUAUCGUGUGUGGACACUGAACUCCAAGGAACUUGGAAGCUUUACAGCGCAGUUAAAAAGCCACCUGAGCUCCUGAAGGCCAUGUCUCAACCAUCCACCUCUGUAGCCCAGGCCUCUGUCCCAGCAGCAGGUAAAAGGCCAGUACUGGUGGGCAAGCUUCAAAAGCUGCUGCUUCUUGGCUGUCCAGGAGUUGGGGGGAUUACGAACUACUGAUUCCUGCAGAAUGGACAGCAGAAAAGUCUCUCAAUAAUGCCAUGAUUCCUUCCUUCCUCAAGAAGGCAAAGGAUUGAUUUACUUUUGUGAAGAGAAAGCCCUAUAUCUAGAUCCACAGGACAGGGGCUGGGUGUGUAUGGGCGUAUCUGAUGCCCAGUGUGUUUUUAGGACUACCUCAUGUAAAGUACCUAGCACAGUGUCUGGAACUCAGCAGAAAAGGGUGCCACUUUAGAGGCAGGGAACCUAUGCGCACUUGGGCCCGACCCUGGCUACCCUUGCGCUCUUACCUCUCAGUCCCCUUUUCUUGCAGCGUUAGGGGCUCUACUUCCUCUGUCGUGUUUUAAACCAAUCAAAUAAAUGAAUGAUGAAUAAGAAAUAA